AUGUCGGAGCGUAAGGCGGUUAUUAAGAAUGCAGAUAUGAACGAGGACAUGCAACAGGAUGCGGUAGACUGCGCGAGCCAGGCGCUUGAGAAGUACAACAUCGAGAAGGAUAUCGCUGCCUUCAUCAAGAAGGAAUUCGACAAGAAGUACAACCCCACGUGGCACUGCAUCGUAGGCCGCAACUUUGGCUCCUACGUCACGCACGAGACCAAACACUUCAUUUACUUUUACUUAGGACAGGUGGCUGUUCUUCUCUUUAAGUCUGGUUGA